AUGCCUAGGACGCUCUCUCUUCGUUGUAUAGGGUUAUCACACCGCAGGUGUCGGUGUCUGUUGAGCACGUUGGCGCGCGAGGAACCGGCUCGACCUCUGGUGCACACACUGGUGCCGGGGCCGCGGUCGCUCGAGUUGGCUCGCGAGCUUCAGGAGGUAUCAGAGGGUAGAACCGUGCAGUUCUUCCAUGAUCCGCACAAGUCAUUUGGGAACUAUGUUGCAGAUGUAGAUGGUAACCUGCUUUUAGACGCGUUCUGCUUCAUAGCCUCGCUGCCCCUAGGGUACAAUCACCCGAACCUCGUUGAAGCUGCUCAGUCGCCAGCUUGGCUGCCGCACCUUGCACAACGGCCGGCGUUGGGAUACUCAGCACCACCAGAGUGGGUUCACACGCUGCGCACAAAGAUUCUCUCCGUUGCACCCCAAGGUCUCGCCAAUGUACAGAUGACUUGCGGGUGUGGGGCGUCUGCCGUCGAGAAUGCCCUAAAGGCCGCAUUUAUUCGAAAACGAGCGCUUGAGCGAGGUGACGUGAACCCAACGACCGCUGAGCUCGAUUCAUGUAUGCGAAACAGUGAACCGGGGAGUCCGAACAGCAUGGCGGUCGUUUCUUUUGAACACGCUUUCCAUGGCCGACUAUUCGGGAGCUUAUCGACGACCCGCUCCAAGUCGAUUCAUAAGGUCGAUAUCCCCGCAUUUGGCAACUGGCCAGUGCUCCCAUUUCCGAAAGACGAACAAGACGAGGCGCGGUGUCUCGAUCUCGUUGACAAAACACUCUCGGAGCAGCGGGUCGCGGCACUUAUCGUGGAGCCAAUCCUGAGCGAGGGCGGAGACCUGCAUGCAUCGCCCGCGUUCUUUCGCGGACUCAGAGAACUGACCCGCCACUAUCAGGUUGCGAUGGUUUGCGACGAGGUUCAAACUGGCGUCGGCGCUACUGGUCGUUUUUGGGCGCACGAACACUGGUCCGAGGGACUCGAGAAAACGGGACAAGGCGUUGGCACCGGCGCUGCGGAGCUCGCCCCAGACAUGGUGACCUUUGCGAAAAAGAUGCAGGCGAGCGGUUUCUUUUUCAAACCAGAGUUUCUGCCACCGCAAGCGUUUCGCAUCUAUUCAACUUGGAGUGGCGACCCGUUGCGUGCGCUGCAGGCAAGCGUCAUCAUUGACACCAUUGUCGCUGAUCACUUGGUUGAGCGCGUCCACAGUGUCGGGGACUACCUCAUACAUGCGCUUGCGGACUUGAAUCACCCACUUGUGGAGCGCAUUCGUGGACGGGGAACAUUCAUUGCAUUCGAUUUACCGAGUCCAGCGCAAAGAGAUCAUUUGCUUGGCGAAAUGCGAAAUCAGGGUGUUCUUGUAGGCAGCUCGGGGGACAAAACCGUACGCUUACGCCCCGCACUCAUCUUCGACAAGCAUCACGCGGAUAUACUCCUGGAUAUUCUGGCACGCGUUCUCAGGCACAUGCCCUGA